UUUUACGUUCUUCAGGUCGGUACGGCGCCUCUGCGGUCACAUUUUCUCGCAUCGUUCUUUCACCUGGAUAAUUUUAACAACAAUCCGCGAUAAAAAUGUCGAAGAGGAAUAGCACGAGCGAAGAUUACAGAAAAGGGUCAAGUGCCUACAGAGCGGCGGAUCGCAGAGGGGACGACUGGGAACGGGAUCGAUCACCACUACGCGAUGAUGUAUGCAACCAGACCAGCUCUGACCAGACUGAUCAUAAGAAGCAGAAACUCACUUUUGGCUUUGGAAAGAAACCUCUACCCACCGAGCAGAAGAAGGGCAUCCAAAUCAAACUAGGAUCGGGAUCCAAGCCUAGCGUGAAACCAGCUGCAGUUCAGAAGCCGACAGUUGCUUCAGUGUUUAAUGCUGAUGAUGAUGACGAACCUGAAGAAAUGCCUGCGGAAGCAAGAAUGCGGAUGAGAAAUAUCGGUCGGGAAACACCGACGUCAGCAGGACCGAAUUCAUUUGGAAAAACGAAGCAAGGAUUCUGUGAUUCAAAGAAGAUAUUUGAGAAGACAUUAAAGAGGGCUAUGGAGGAAGCUCAUAAAUGAUUGAUUGAACCGUGCAGCAUCUAUCGAAAUCGACUGUUGUUAAUACAUUAAUUUAAUAAUUAAUUUAAAAGGUAUCUACCAAUUCUAACUUACCGGUAGAACCACAGUUAUAAAGGGAAAAAAAGUUCUACUAAAAAAUGAAUCGAUAAAGAGAUAUAGCACCACUUGAGAUUCAUGUCGUUAAGGAAGGAUUUCAUCACCAGAAAUAUAAUUAUUGUUACAUUUAAUCAUUAGCAUAAUACUGCAGAAGAAACUAUUAUCAUUGUCAUAUAGAAAUACCUUGUCGUUUUACUCCUUGACUAAAUAGCUAUAACCUCUAGUUUUGUAUAGAGUAUUCAUACGUGGUGAUAACAGUCUUUCAGAAAUUGCACAUCUUUAAUUGAAUUAAUAUUAACAUCUUACAUCCAUUAAAAUGUCCAAAAAAAAACUUUGGGAAUUUAGUGUUUUUCCCGGACUCUUACCUUUCAAGAGACGGCUCGAAUAUUAUGUUUGGAAGUCUGGACAAUGAUAAAAAUCCUGGUUAUACUAACCGUUUUACCAUUUAGAUAACAAGAAAUUAUCGCUUUUUGUACGGCAUGUAAAUUGCAAUAAAAAAUCGUACAGACGUUUGGAAAGAGAAAAAAAACAGCAAGAUUGAAACUUUCCCAAAAAUACUUAUCAACUUUAUUAUUUUAUAAGGAAAAAUUAUUCUAAUUAAGAUGACGUUCUCGUAUUCUCAUAUUUUUUGUGGUAGCUAUAAAAAAGCUAGACUUGUGUUGAUCAAAGCACAGCUUAGAAUUCAAUUACGCUAUUCAGUAAUCACAUUUACGUUUUUUAUAUUUUCAUCUAUCACGAAUCUUAUUCUCCUUCCUGGGUUAAUCUAUGAAACUUUGUCUAACGAAUCACUGAAUUGCAAGCCGCCAAUUCUCAGUUUGUUAAUUAAUAAGCUAGAGAAAACAAAUCGAAAAAAUUUGCAACUUUUAAGAAUACGAAAUAGAGUUAGAAUCCCUUUUGAUGUCUCAAUAUAAUAUGAUUAUCUAUACGUAGAUACCAAAGUAACGUACAGAGCUCCGAAUACAUAUUGCAAUUUAUUAUCACACGCAUAUACAACAAAUGUACACGCGAAAAUUAGAAAAGCUUACAUGCUCGGUCUCACCCUCUGUAACAAUCUAUAACGACGAAGUUGAUCUAACCAUGAUUUUGAUACUCUGACAUAACUGUUAAGUGAACAUAAAAAUUCAACUACCUUAAAAAUGAAGGAAUUACGAAAGACCCUUUGGGGUCAAAACACAAACCAGAGUGCAAACGUAGAUAUUUUUAUCCUGUUGUUGCAUCUAAAUUAUUUCCGCUGAACUUGUUCGUUAUAUCAACGAGAAGCAAUAAAGUUACAAUUUUAAGGAUUUACAUAAUGUAGCACGUAAUAAUAUCAGUACGAAUAAAGAAAUAUUUAAUGAAAGAAAUAAGAACUCAAUA